AUGACCCCACCGUCUGUUCCCCCCGUCUUAAUCCCAGGUCUCCCGCCACUCGAGUGGGGUUUCCGAACUGGACGCGCGUUCGCAGAUGCCGGCGUCCUCGUUCUCCUCGCAUACGCCUCGACUGACUGGGUAAUCGACCCACUUGGCUCUCCACCAGUCCUGAACGCCUGUCCUCUAGGUUUCGCAGCGCCGGCGACCUUCAGCCUGAGCGCACGUGUGAGCGUCACCGGCUCCCGCACCGCGUUUGACGCUCCUGUCCUCAUGGUGUGGCGGGAUGAAACGCACUGGGCAAAACUAUGCUUUGAACGUACUCCGACCGGCGAGGUCGGGCCUGUCACCGUCGUCAACAACGGCGCAACCAGCGACGACGCCAACGCAUACACCCUCCCUCAAGACAAGGACGAUCACAUGUGGCUGCGUCUCAGCCGCGUCGCCGAGGGUACAUUCGUUUGCCACGCCUCGCGCGACGGCAAGUGGUGGGACUUUGUACGCAUCUUCCGCGUGUCUGGCAGCGACUGGCGCGUGGGGUUCCUCGCCCAGUCACCCACUGGGCCCGGAUGUGCUGCGCGCUUUGAGGACAUCCGCCUCGGCGCUGCCCCCACCAACCUGCGCGAUGGCAGUUAA